AUGGCAUUUACCCUCCGAUCCGAGCUCGGCGAAGCAACAGCAAGGCUGAUGAUGCGUGCUGGAGAAGACUACAAUAAGAGAAUUGUUGUUCUAACCGCUCAAAAGACUCUCACCUUCGCUGGUGUUGUUGAUGUGAUCAACAGCAUGACGGGCCGGCAGCUUCAGGUGGAAUUGGUUUCGCCGAAUGAGUUUGUCAGAUUGAAGAGUACGGAUGGUGAGGGUGGGGAACCUGAGACGUUCUUCCGGUUUGUCUUGUCGUGGUAUGAGAGUGUUUCGAGCGGUGAUGCUGGGUUUACGCAUCCGUUUAUGGCGGAGGUGUUGGGGAGAGAGCCUACGCCGACUGAAGAGGCCAUCCGGGGGGGGGGGGGGGGGGGCGGCUUUUGGCUGACAAUCCAGAUUAUGAGUGGCAUCAGGAUUAUGCGAAUCGUGGUCAGCACUAGCCUGGGGAUGGGUUUAGGAAGUGUAUAG